AUGACAGAGGCUGUCGGUUCGGGCGCUGCGUGCCAUCCGUCAGUGGAAGUGAUACGGGGCUCCGUCAUCUUCCUGGUGGCAAGAGGGGUAAAGAGAAAGAGGAAGAAGCAAAAAGAGGAAAAGAGAGAGAGGAAGAAAGGGAAGAAGCAAAAAGAGGGGAAAAGAGAAAGAGGGGAAGCAAAAAGAGAGAGAGAACAAAGCAAAAAGAGGGGAAAAGAGAGAGAGGGAAGAAGCAAAAAGAGAGAGAGAACAAAGCAAAAAGAGGGGAAAAGAGAGAGGGAAGAAGCAAAAAGAGGGGAAAAGAGAGUGAGGGAAGAAGCAAAAAGAGGGGAAAAGAGAGGGAAGAAGCAAAAAGAGGGGAAAAGAGAGAGAGGGAAGAAGCAAAAAGAGGGGAAAAGAGAGAGAGGGAAGAAGCAAAAAGAGAGAGAGAACAAAGCAAAAAGAGGGGUAAAGAGAAACUGGGAAGAAGCAAAAAGAGGGGAAAAGAGAGAGAGGGAAGAAGCAAAAAGAGGAGAAAAGAGAGAGAGGGCAGAAGCAAAAAGAGAGAGAGAACAAAGCAAAAAGAGGGGUAAAGAGAAAGAGGGAAAGCAAAAAGAGGGGAAAAGAGAGAGAGGGAAGAAGCAAAAAGAGGGGAAAAGAGAGAGAGGGAAGAAGCAAAAAGAGAGAGAGAACAAAGCAAAAAGAGGGGUAAAGAGAAAGAGGGAAGAAGCAAAAAGAGGGGAAAAGAGAGAGAGGGAAGAAGCAAAAAGAGGGGAAAAGAGAGAGAGGGAAGAAGCAAAAAGAGAGAGAGAACAAAGCAAAAAGAGGGGUAAAGAGAAAGAGGGAAGAAGCAAAAAGAGGGGAAAAGAGAAAGAGGGAAGAAGCAAAAAGAGAGAGAGAACAAAGCAAAAAGAGGGGAAAAGAGAGAGGGAAGAAGCAAAAAGAGGGGAAAAGAGAGUGAGGGAAGAAGCAAAAAGAGGGGAAAAGAGAGGGAAGAAGCAAAAAGAGAGAGAGAGCAUGUGA